AGUGAAUUUUAUCGGUCGUCGUCGUCAUCACUCGGUAGUCAAUUGGGCGGGAGAGGUUUUUUUUUUAUUAAUUAAUUUUAUCCAAAGCCGAGGAAACCCUAAAGCUAGUAGGCUAAGGAAUCAGAAUCGGAAUCUGUCUGCAACACCACCAUGGAAGACUCUCCUCCUCAAGGCCAGAAAAGGAGUAGAGAUCGGGAUCAGGAUGACGACAGCGGCGGUGGUGAGGAGGCCGGCAAGGCUGACGUCAGCGGCGGAGUGAAUCAGGAGCGGAGCGUCAGUGAGGCCAGCGACCAGGAUGCUGCUUCUCCUGACGACGAUUUCCAGGAAACCCGUCCCAAGCCCAAGCGUAGUCGCACCCUUUCUCCUCAACAGAAUCUCAUUGAGGUUGUCAAAGGCAACGGGGAUCUUAUCCCUAAAGCCGUCAAGAUUUGGGUUGAAAGAUAUGAAGUCUCUCCCAGGCUUGCUACCACUGAGCUCUUGUCAAUGCUCUUUGAGGCUUGCGGUGCUAAGUACUCCAUCAAGGAAGAACUCCUUGAUGAGACUGAUGUUGAUGAUGUUGUCGUUGCCCUUGUUAAUCUCGCUAGGGCGGGGGAGUGUGAAGAUUAUCAGAGUUCGAGAAAGAAGGAACUCAAGAAUUUCAAAGAAAAUCUUGUUUCAUUCUGGGAUAAUUUGAUUAUCGAGUGUCAGAAUGGGCCAUUGUUUGAUAAAGUCUUGUUCGACAAGUGCAUGGACUACAUUAUCGCUCUGUCAUGUACUCCUCCUAGAAUUUACCGCCAAACUGCCACGCUAAUGGGCCUCCAACUAGUCACAUCUUUCAUUUCUGUAGCAAACACUCUCGGUUCACAGCGAGAAACCACCCAAAGACAAUUGAAUGCUGAAAGUAAGAAAAGAGCUGACGGCCCCCGUGUGGAUUCCCUCAACAAACGGUUGUCUGUUACUCAUGAACAGAUAACUACACUGGAGGACAUGAUGCGAAAGAUUUUCACUGGGUUGUUUGUACACCGAUAUCGAGAUAUUGAUAACGAUAUUCGGAUGUCAUGCAUUCAGUCUCUGGGCAUUUGGAUUUUCUCUUAUCCGUCUCUCUUCUUACAAGAUUUAUACUUAAAAUAUCUUGGAUGGACGCUUAAUGACAAACAUCCUGGAGUGAGGAAAGCUUCUCUCUUGGCAUUGCGAAAACUCUAUGAGAUAGAUGAAAACGUCCCCACCCUUGGUCUAUUCACUGAGAGAUUUUCCAGUCGAAUGAUCGAGAUGGCUGAUGAUGUUGAUAUGCCUGCAGCUGUUUGUGCUAUCGGGCUUGUAAAGCAACUGCUAAGACACCAGCUGAUACCUGAUGAUGACCUAGGCCCUUUGUACGAUUUGCUUAUUGAUCAACCUCAAGAAAUCAGACGUGCGAUAGGAGAGUUAGUGUAUGACCACUUGAUAGCACAGAAGUUUAACAGUUCUCCAUCGAGUCUUACAGGUCAUGAAGAUUCUUCCUCUGAGAUCCAUAUCUUCAGAAUGUUACAAAUAUUACGGGAGUUCUCCACAGAUCCGAUUCUAAGUGUUUAUGUAAUUGAUGAUGUUUGGGAGUACAUGAAGGCCAUGAAGGACUGGAAGUGUAUCAUCUCUAUGCUUUUGGAUCAGAAUCCUCGGACUGGGUCUACUACUGAUGAGGACUCAACAAACUUGAUCAGACUUCUGUUUGCGUCGAUCAGAAAGGCUGUCGGGGAGAAGAUAAUUCCUUCAACGGAUAAUCGAAAGCAGUAUCACAGUAAAGCUCAGCGAGAAAUGUUUGAAAACAAUAGGAAAGACAUAACGGUGGCCAUGAUGAAGAAUUACCCACAGCUUCUACGUAAAUUCAUGGCUGACAAAGCCAAAGUGUCAUCUUUGGUCGAGAUUAUUAUGUUUAUGAAACUUGAGCUCUAUUCUCUUAAAAGGCAGGAGCAGAGUUUUAAGGCUGCAGUCCGACUAAUAAAGGAUGCUUUUUUCAAACACGGGGAGAAGGAAACACUAAGAUCUUGCGUCAAAGCUAUAACAUUUUGUGCGUCAGAAAGUAAAGGGGAGCUUCAAGAUUUUUCCCGUGGGAAGCUUAAAGAUCUUGAAGAUGAGCUUUUAGAGAAACUUACUUCUGCAAUUAAAGAAGUAAAGGAUGGAAAUGAUGAAUACUCCCUCCUUGUAAACCUGAAAAGGUUGUAUGAGCUACAAUUGUUAAAGCCUGUGCUUGUUGAGAACAUUUACGAUGAUAUUGCUUUCGCGCUCCAUAAUUUUAGAAAUUUGGACGAAGAGGUUAUUUGUUUCCUGCUUCUGAAUAUGAAAAUGUAUGUGACGUGGUCUCUGCACUCCAUCAUAAAUUGUGAAGCUGUCUCCGAAGCUUCCGUAUCAUCCCUUAUAUCAAAGCGCGAUACCCUGUUUGAGGAGCUUUCGUACUUCCUGAAUGGAAUUGAGGAAUCUAGGAAAUAUGGUAUCCAAUUAUCUCUCAGGAUCUGUGCUAUACUUGGAGAAGAAUGGUGUAUGUUUAGAAAGUCAAAUUUUGACUCAAGUAAACUUGAAAGAUUAGGAUACUGUCCUGAUAGUGUUUUGCUUGAGAAAUUUUGGAAACUCUGUGCAGAAAUUUUUAACACCUCAGAUGAGACAGAUGAGGAGGAUGAAAAUAAGGACUACGCUGAAGAGACAAAUAUAGAUGUUGCAGCCCUUGCUGCCUGCAAGUUGGUUAUUAGUGAUGUAGUGCCGAAGGGCUAUCUAGGACCAGAGAUAAUAUCGCAUCUUGGUAUGCAUGGACCUUGUGUAACAGGCGUCAUAAAGAAUUUUAUAACAUGCUUAAGGAAAAAAGAAGAUGACAUUUCUAGUAUCUAUCUGGAAUCCUUGAAAAGGGCCUAUCAACGGUAUGCAACUGAACUUUCUAGUGGCGGUGAAGAAUCCAGAGCAGAGAAAUGUCUUGAAGUGUGCCGGGAGCUUGCAGGUGGGCUUUCAGGAAUGUAUAUCGGUGCUGCUCGCAACAAAUACAGAUUGGAGAUUUUGAGUGUGGUAAAGGAAGGUGUUGCGUUUGCAUUUAGGGACGCUCCAAAGCAACUGUUGUUUCUGGAAGUUGCUAUCCUUCCAUUUGCAACAAAACUCUCAGUGCCUGACAUCGUUGACAUUAAGAGGGACGUUCAAGGGCGUAUAGUGCAUGUUAAUACAGACGAAGAUCCCAGCGGAUGGCGUCCUUGCUUUACCUUCUUGGAGACCUUGGAGGAGAAAUGCUUGAAAAACGAGGAUUUACAAGACGACAAGGAAGCAGCAGCUGUAAGACGCAGGGGACGGCCAAGAAAACGUCAGGAAACAGAGCGAAAGAGACUGUUUGAUGAGGAAAGCGAAAGUGAUGAGGAUGAGUCUAUCAGUGGCGGGUCAGACAGAGAAGAUAAGAUAGAUGAGGACGCUCCUCUAAUCGAGACGAUUAGGUCUGCUGCACGACGGAGAGCGCUUAGGGGCGAACGGUCCAAGUGAGACUAACGGGUAAAAGCUCUUAUCAGUCUAUAUGUUCGUGGACAUAAUUAAUGUAUUUUAAAGUAUGCUUUAAGUUGAUACAGUUAAGGAACCCAACAAAACUGCUCUUUGUUAUAUAAAUCCAUCAUUUCAAAGUUUAGAUUACCAUGA